AUUAUUCAGGUUUUGGUCAGGAUAGCGUGAAGCAUGCACGGAAGUAAGGAUCCCUGAUCUGUGUGACACAACAGUCUGUCCAGUCUGACCCUUUAACUGGGGUGUCUUCACCCCUUAAGGACCUUUACUGGGUGUGACACCAUCAUGGAACCUCCAAGAUACGUUUUGCUAUUUCUGUACCUGCUUUGUGUAUUCACAAUAAGGGUGUCAUGUUCUUUUUCGAAAAAGGUUGAUGUGAGAAAUCCUCGGUUCAACAGAACGACAGUGAGACAUCUAAACACGGGAGGUAACUCUAUUCAGACAAUUCAUGCAAGUAACCGCAAUACUCACAUUGCUGGCAUUACGAAUGGAAAGUCCGUCGGAAUAGGAGGCGUCUUAGGCGCCAAGGAAAGCAAAGCUAUCGGAGACAACUUACGGAAAGGGCUUCGGAAAGUGCUUCCAUUCGGAAAUAAUCUAAAACAGAAAAGUCGACCGUCGUCGGCAGGAAACCACGUGACAAGGAAAUCUAAUUUGAUUUCAAGGCAAGCGAAAGGUAAACAACAUAUGAAAACCACGCGUAAAAACAUGUCGGCUGGAAGAAUUCGAUCUGGUGUGGGAAAUGUUAUCAAUAAAGUAAUCAACGUACACAGAAAGUUUGUUGGACGACCAGCUAGCGUUACCAGAGUUCGGCAGAAUAAGGCCGUAAGCGGUAAUGGAGCUAGUAGCGCUAUUAGUAAAUCGGGUGGCGAAAAUCGUGUCCAACAUAUGCCCAGGAAGACGAAUGUAAAAACCAAGAUGGCGACGGCAACUGGUGUGAUUCAGAGUAAGAACCAGAACACGGGUCGGGGUUCAGCAGCUGGAACGGUUCGAAAUAAUAUUAACACUGUCAACCCAAACACAAGACCGGUACGGGGUCAGACUGUAGCCGUAAGAGGAGUAUCCGGCGAAUUCGCGAUCUGUUUCAUCUAAAAGUAGAGGCGGGACUUCAAGAUCCUCUAACAUCAGACAAAUGUCAUCGCCAGGAUCAUCAAACGGUCGCGGUGUAGCUAUUUCGAGUAACAACCAGCAUCAAAAUGGGAAAGUUUGGAAUAGUAAGGGCAACACAGGAAAUGGAUUUUCUAAAGACAAGAUGUCAGACGGAAGUAUGGGAAUGAAAAAUAGACAAUUUAACAGUGGACAAAAUACUCACCAAUUGGCACGAUUUAAUAAUAGAAAUUCAGGGAGGUUCCAAAACGGACAAAAUAUAAUGCAACAAACAUCACAUCGCGGAGGAGGCGGUGGAAAUCCCUCCUUUCAUGUAUCCUCGGGUAUGCAGUCCAAUAUCAGGCGAAGGAAUGGAGGUAUUCCGAGAGGCAUUUCUAACAGUGGAAAACGAGUAGUGGUUCAAAAUGGCCGACGUAUUAUUGUAUCUCCUUCCCGUUUUAACAUGCAUCGUAGACGUUUCCAAAAUACUCAGCAGCAGCAGCAGCAACAACCGCCACGCCAACGCCAGAUCCGAAUAAUAGGAGAUCCAUUGGACGGUGGUUUGGAAAACAUGGACAUUGAUAAUAUUAUAGGACUGGCUUCGAAAAUCGCGUCUGUCAAAUUAGCCAACUCAGUGUUGUCGUCUGUGAACGGACAGGAGGGGACGCCUCAACUGUCAAGGUUUUUAAUCAACUCCGAACUCGAUAUAGUCCCGGAAGUAAUUGUAACGGCCCCUAGACAAGUCAUACGGGCUCCCAGGCGUAGAGUUACAAUAAAACAGCAGGCACCGGAAGUCGGUCAAUCGAGGACUCCACAAACGGCUACCACCGAGAUCAAGGUAUCUCCGAGCGGGUAUGGGACACCUGUGUUAGUCAGGUCGGGCGGUGUAAUUCAGUACUCGCGCGUGGAUCAGAACGGUAAAGAAAUAUCUAGUAUAACAAUAAGCAAGGGUAAACAAACCAAUGCCGUAAACAAUGCCAACACUGUUAAAACAAAUAAUAAACAGGGCACUGGGUCGGGAACCGGAACUGGGGCAGGAACCGGAAGUGGAAAUGCCGCUAAUGGCGGUACGAGUAAGCAAGCACCUGAAGGGGAAUUAGAAAUGGAAAUUGAAGAGGGUGUUUCAACAACCAUUACUACUAUUGCAGCUUCGACAAAAACUAGCAAACCCCUGUUGCCUCCAACAACAACAGUAGCGAACUCCGUGAUUUUAACUUAAAAGAUUUGAUUCUUUUAGUGACGUCACUGUAUCGGUUUUCGGAAAUAUUCAUGUUAAUAAGAACAUAAGUGAUUGACUAGAGGGGAUAAAUGACCGCCAGUCCAUACCAGGCGAAAAGAAAUAUGUAUUUGGAAAAGAACUUAAUGUGGCAAUAUUUGAAAAAAUGUCUUAGAAUGGAAAUAAAUAGGGGGUACGUUCAGUUAUACAGUAAUAACUGUACCUAGAACACCGAGACGUUCCGAUAUAUGGUAUCCUAUUGAAAGCAGACGGUUGCUAUGGUGACAGAGCUUCGGAAUAUAGCUACCUUUGACAGAUAUCGAUAAUAUAUUAAUUUUAUUAAAUCAUUCACCAAAGGGAUGUAUUCCAAUGUUAUUCAUCAAGGAGAGUAUGUAAAUGACGUCCCCCUAGGAUGAACUUGAACAUCUUUUGUCGAAGGGAAUAGUUAAUCUCGAACUGUACUAAGAAGUUUUCCACCUGGACAUACGUUCGUCUUUUAGUAAUACUCGUUAGUUAGAUCGUUGAUGUAACAUAUGAUCAUGUACAUUAAUUAGAAUUAUUGGUAAUUACCCAGAAAUACAAUAUGACGUAACAAAAGGUCACAGUUGACUAAAUAUAACUUUGAUAAGAUUAAUUACGUCAUGUAAAAAGUUGAUUUAUAUUGUAUUAUUUCCAUUGUAUAUUGUCAUAUGUUAACUAUCAUAUUUUGUUAUAUUUCAGAACGGCAAAAAAUAAAACUUACAAUCUACCUUUUACUGUAAAAGACGAGCAUUCCUGAUACAAAUACGAAAGGUUAAUAUUGCUUCAAAAAUAUACACAAAUAAAAAAAAAUGGAAAAAAGAAUCAAACCUGUCAUAACGUGGUAACUAGAACGAAAUGCAAAUUUUUCAAAAUCGAGCGUGAGCAAUACUUUCAAUUUCAAUUACAUUUUACAUCACAAACACAGAAAACAUCCUUUAUGAAUUUGGAUAAUCUGUUUAGAACAAAACAAACAAACAAACAAAACAAAACAAAACAAAACAAAUAUUAGCACCAUGGCUGGCUGAAGUUAGCAGUUGAUUCGUUAUUGGGGAUUCGAAUAACGAAUCCGCUGCUGGCGGCGGGUUCGUUAUUGGCAGCGGAUUCAUAAUUUGAAUUUUUAUAACGAAUCCACUGCUAACUUCAGCCCGCUCACCAUGGGAACAUCGAAAUAACAUGAAAAAUCAUUAAAAAAACAUUUUGCCGAAAUUACGA